AUGUCGACAUGGAAUAAACAUUACCACUGGAAGACGAAGGGAUGCACCCCAUGGGCAAAAGAAUGGUUUACGGAACACCUUGUUGGUCAAAGCAAACCGUUGAAUGACGGCACCAACGCGUCUGUCAAAGUAGACAAGUUGACAGGCUUUGAGGGAGACGUGGAGCUUGGCAACCGCAAGGGCAAGCUGAUUACAAUCUAUGAAUGUUCUGUCACUCUAGCUUGGUCAGGUGAGGCCGGUGAUGGCACGAAGGCGAAUGGAACGAUCAAGUUCCCUGAAGUGUCACAUGAAAAUGAAGACAACGAUGAGCCCUAUCUUUAUGAGACAGAACUACUGUCGGAGUCGACAGGCAUGGCUCUUGACCUGUACCACGUGGUGCGCAAGGAUCUUGUACCAGCGUUGCAAAAUGAGUUCCACCAAUUUCAAAAGGAUCUCGUUGAGUCGCACGCAAGAGACCUUGGCCAUGAAGAUGGGGCUGCGUCGUCGACAUCAACAACAUCUAAUGCAGCAGCUGCAUCACCAGCUGCCGGCGCGUCUAAUGCACAGAGCACUCAGAAAAAUGCGUCCUCUGCUUCUGGUGCUGUCACGACAAGUACUGCGGAUGUGCGAGUCUCGAGUCAUCUGGCCAUCAGUGAGGCUGACCUUUGGGACCUACUGACGAAUCCUCAUCGGAUUCCAAUGUGGAGCAAGGCACCAGCUCAGUUCUCCCCGAAUGUGGGAGCCAACUUCUCGCUCUUUGGCGGCAACAUUUCCGGCUCCAUUGUCGAGGUGUCGGCGCCACGUAAGCUCACGCAGACAUGGCGCAUUCCACAAUGGCCUGCCGGACAUCAUGGCACCUUGACAACGGAACUUACUCAAGGUGACGACUCGACGAAGCUUGAACUAAUUCUGAGUGGCGUGCCUACAGGUGAGGAGGAUCAUGCGCAAGCUGGUCUUGAAGCCUAUUAUAUUCGAGGGCUCAAAUCACUCGGUCUAGGUACGAUUUUGUAG